AUGAUUUGUCAUAAAGGCAACCUCAUUAGCUAGCAAGCUAGGUGCUGCCAAUUCUCCUACUCUAUCUUGUUUUCUAAGUCUCUACUCUUUCUGUCCACUCCUCAACCAAAACUUCUUCUCCAAGCACCUUUCUAUCUUAAAGAAAACAACACCUUAUGUAUUAUAAUUACAAUAUUCCUUUCGAAAACUUUCAAACAAAUUCACCUAUAUUUAUACUGUAUUUCCAACUAAACAAAAACAAUAAGCAAUUGCCAUAUUUAUGUCAACCAUAGGAUCUGAUUAGCUGGACUAAGGCAUGGUGGCAGUAAAAUAAGCAUAGCCUUAAAAGCAAGUGUUGCUUAUAAGCACACAUAAGGCAAAGAGAAAGAGAGUUAUUAUUCCAAAGAAAAGAGAAAGAAGAAAGAAGAGGGAAAGGAGUGAGUGCUGUGGCUUUGUGGUGCAGCAAUGGCAUCAACACCAAAACAGUCUUAUGAACAGCAGCCACUGAAUGCGCAGCAGCGAGCUAGGAACUCGGGGAUGAUCAACUCUAGCCAGAGUCCAACAGGGGAUGACAGGGAAGAGGAGAUGUCGAGAUCAGCCUUGGCAAUGUUUCGAGCCAAGGAAGAAGAGAUUGAAAGGAAGAAAAUGGAGGUGAGGGAUAAGGUUCAUACUUAUCUGGGAAAAGUUGAAGAAGAAACAAAGCGCUUGGCUGAGAUUAGAGAAGAGCUUGAAUCUCUCACAGAUCCAUUGAGGAAAGAUGUUGCAGUAAUUCGCAAAAGGAUAGACAUUAUUAACAAAGAAUUAAAGCCACUGGGUCAGACCUGCCAAAAAAAGGAGAGAGAAUACAAGGAUGCCCUUGAAGCUUUCAAUGAGAAAAACAGAGAAAAGACUCAACUAGUUACAAAAUUGAUGGAGCUGGUGACCGAAAGUGAGAAGUUGAGGAUGAAGAAGCUUGAAGAGCUAAGCAAAAACGUAGAUAGCCUCCAUUGAGAUGCUAAUGAAUAUAACCUUUUUGUAUUUACUUCAGUGUGCUUUUGACUAGAAUCAUUAUUUUUACUCCUUCAAUGUGCCAUAUUUUGUGAUUUCGUUUGUUAUUUUGCUGACAAAAAAUUAGGAAAUAUUGUCCAUGAAAAUGUGUGAAAUUAGACUCUUGAAUUCUGAAUUGCUGCAAAAAGUUCUUGUCGUUUUA